AAAAAAUCACAGUAACCAGGCUUAGUCCUCGACAAUAUUAUCGCCUGAGCAUUUCUAACAAGCUUCUAUAAAGUGCAUUGAGUCCAUCAGAUGCUCCAUAAAUCUGUUAACCAAUUGCUAGGAAAAGGAGUACGUUAAAGAAUUUCAGUUUGAGAUCAGUAACGAGCGAGUAUAGUCGAUUGUAGUGUUCAAGUGUUUAGUAGUGUCGAGGAAAAGCUAUCCAUCUUUCAAGUGUUGAUAAUAGCCAGAACCGCAAGAUAAGUCGUCGAACAUCACUGAUGCAAUGAUCUAACCUCUUUGAGAUUAAAAUAUAAGGAGUGUUAAAUUAAAGACGAAUAAGUGUAGUCGUCUGAGACACCUGGGUUAUCCAAGACAGUCACUUCUCCCUCUUCGGUCACAAACAUCGUGGAACAAUCUGAAAAAUGGAUAUUGAUGAUUACGAAUCAUUGCCAACAACUUCGAUCGGUGUUAACAUGACCGCCGGUGCGUUUGCAGGAAUUAUGGAGCACUGCGUCAUGUAUCCAUUCGACAGUGUAAAGACUCGGAUGCAGGCGUUGAGACCGGAACCAGGUGGGGGUGGCAGUAUUCGUGCUGUGAUGUCCCGAAUGGUACAGCAAGAGGGGCUUCUAAGACCGAUUCGUGGCAUGAGUGCUAUGGUGGCCGGCGCUGGACCUGCACAUGCACUCUAUUUCUCUUGUUAUGAGUUCUUGAAAAAUCGUAUGGUAUCAAAAACGACCUCGCAGUUCAAUCACCUAGUCUACGGAGCCGCUGGAUGUGUUGCCACGAUAUUACAUGAUGGCGUAAUGAAUCCAGCUGAAGUGGUUAAGCAACGACUACAGAUGUACAAUUCCCCCUACAGAAACGUCUUAGACUGUGUACGACACAUUUAUAGAACAGAGGGUAUAUUUGCAUUCUACAGGAGCUAUACGACACAAUUGGCAAUGAAUGUGCCAUUCCAGAGCUUGCACUUCAUUGCUUAUGAAUUUGGGCAGUCAAUAAUGAAUCCACAGCAUGCCUACAAUCCUCAAGCACACAUACUAGCAGGAGCCAUGGCUGGAGCGGUAGCUGCUGCUUGCACAACCCCUCUAGACGUAUGCAAAACUAUCCUCAAUACUCAACAGGUUGAUGUACAAGUCCAGGGGAUGGUACACGCUUUUAAGCUAGUGUACAGGUUUGGAGGAGUUCCGGGCUACUUCCGGGGUCUUAAAGCCAGGAUUAUCUAUCAAACACCAGCCACUGCUAUUUGCUGGUCUACAUACGAAUUCUUCAAAUACUUCUUGCAAAAGCGAGAGGACGGAAGGCACUUCGACCGGAUAAGUUCGGAGAAUGAGGAUCUAUCAUCAGUGAGUCCUUCUUACACAUCCACAAUAUCAAGAACCUCAACGGCAACAUUUUCAGGAAGCGGACUGAUAUACAACAAAUCUCCGGGGCCUGUUUUGCUGGAUGUGACGCGAAGCUAGGCAUUGAACAUUUAAGGAUAAACAGAAAAAACAAAUUCAGUAAAAAAAACGAGAAAACAUCAUAUGGAAAUGGAAAUGGAAAUAUUCAACUUUUAUAUUUCAGAGUUUAUUGAUGAAUGAUAUUUGUUAAAUUGGCUUGGUUAGUGACGACCAUAUCUCCGAACGCUAAUUAUAAUGGAAAUGACGGAAUUUCUGAAUUGAUCCUACAGAAUGGAUCGAGUGCCGGACACUCAAUCAUUCGAGGAGAGUUAGAAAAAUCGAGAAGUUAUACAAAAAAAAAAUCAAUCCGUUAUACAUAAUUUAGAUGACAUUAUGCGUGAUGAAGGCGCACUUUUUACUGUUUCACCGCGUACAUGAAUCCUCAAUAGUUGAAGAGGGAAUAACAACAAUUCGUAUUCGAAUUUGCUGAGUAUUUCGUUUAGUCGAUAAAAUGUUAGACUCGACCUUGAUGUGGUAGGGGAGUGGUGAUUUUGCAGAUAGCUUGAGAAUUGAUGGGCUUGAAAAAAAAAUUAUAGUGAUUAUAAAGUUGGAUGUAAAAAAUGUAUGCAUUGUUUUUCUCUAAUUCUGUUCAUCUUUGAGAUAUUUUGAGCUCAUCUCUUCUUUUCUUUUCCUUUGAUAAAUCCUUAAUAAGAUUAAGAACGAAUUCCUGGCAUUUUAGCAUUUUUUAUACUUUGUUCUAAAUUUUUGGGAACCACGUCAACCACAUCCAUGCAGAAAAUAUGAUGUUUUUGAGUUUUAUCAUUAUUUAGUGAUUCUUCAAGUGUUAUUAUCACCGACCAGUUUUUCAACCUUUUUUCAAAACUUUGUAGGGAAUUGACAAAAGUUCAGAAAACGAUUAGAAAAAUCAUCGCCCGAUUAUGAAAGUCGAUGAGUCACUGAAUAAAGCUAAAACUUGGAAUGUCAACAAUCAGUCUUUAUUGCUGCACGUGUUUAUACUUACCUAAAAGAGGAAAAAUGUUAAAUCAGAUCGAAAUUGAGAAUAGUAUUUCUGUUCGUAAGGUCAUUAAUUAUUAGUUUUUGCUGAAUUACUACUACAGUGUUGAUUAUUUCUCGAGAGGUUCACUGAUUUAAUAUGUUAAACUUUUCGAUUGCUUUAUUAAUAGAUUGGACUUAUAAAAACAGACUGACUGAAUGACACGAAACAAAUGAGUGAUAACUCAUUACGAAUAUAAUUAAAAAAACUAGAAAUGUGAUGUUGGAGUCAAGUAUUUGCAUAUAAAUUAUUGUCGUCACGAAUUUACGAUACGUGAAUACGUGAGACCAUCGAUGCAUUGCAAGUGUUCUAUUAUUAUCUUGUUUUCUUAUUAUGAUUAUUGAAAACAUCAAAUAUUUAUGAUUGAUACCAAAUCAUGCAUACCGCUAAGAGCAAUAAUUAUUUCGGGGUAAUAGUACACCAAAACAUCGGAAUCACGGAUAAUAAAAUCUUUCAUGAAGUUAUAUCAUUCUCAGAACCAGUGACGAAUGAAUGAAUUCUUAGGGAGCUUAUCGUAAUCAGAAAUUUUUUAAUUUCUCCUUUAUGUUCUUACUCUUCAAAAUGAAGAAUGAAAAAAUCGGAUUACUUCACUAUGAAAGAUUCAUUGAUUCAGUAUUUAUAAAAUGGAAGAAAACCAUUGUACAAUUAUUUUCUUUAAUUUUAUUCAGUUUCAUUUUUCUUUACAAUUAUAACCGAAUUUGAUAAGGCCGAUGACUUGAGAACCGAUUAACAAAAAGGAAGGAACGACCACAGGAAUAGACAAGGAAAGAUAAAGUAUGAUUAUUUACUUCAUUAAACUCUACACUCAAUUCCGUAUAAUAUUGCUUCCUUAUGGCUGUGAUAACUAAGUCAAAUUCAUCUUGAUAUUGACUUUAAGAGGGAGUAAUAUCGUGUGAACUGACGGCCUUCACGCCAUAUAAUUUAUUAAUAUUUGUUACGUAACAGCAGUCGUAAAUAUUCAUCAAUACUCUCGAUUAUGAAGGGCUGAUGAUUGAAGAACCACGUUAUGAAUCUUCAGCAUUAAAUUUACGUAGUAAUUAACCAUCCUGUCCAACACAAAAGGUAAAUUUACACCCUAGUGUAUAACUCCAAAUGAAUCCACGAUUUCUUUACUAAUUGAAUAAUCGUACUAUUUGACAUAUUACUGCGUAAUAAAAGUAAACGAGAAAGAUGGAUGGACGGACUUAAUCCAAUGUAUCGAUAGUGUACAUAAAUGAAUGAAUAAAUCAUUGUAUAGACA